AUGGCACAACGAGCAGCGUCACCCACCACGCCUCCUGCUCCAUCCACCCCGGCUGCUGCUGCAGCUCCUACUGUUGUGAAGGUGGCUAGCCAACCUUCUCCAGUGAAGAAGGGUCCUGCACCUGCCGCGUCCGUCCCCGUUGUCACCGACAUUCGCCUAGUACAAGCUGUGAGCAUCGCGGAAAGCUACAGUGGCGGAUAUAUGCUGCGGCAGUACGAGCCGCUCAAGGUCAUAGGCCGUGGGGGCUUCGGGCAUGUCAUGGUAGCGCGACAUCUACCUUCCGGGUCGUUGGUGGCCAUCAAGACACUCAGCAAGCGCGCCAUCGCCACACAGAAUCAAAUUCAGCACUCCCGCGCUGAGAAGACAGUGCUCACACGCUGUCGCGACCACCCGUUCAUCGUGAAGAUGCACGCGUGCUUCCAGACCAUCGACCACUUGCACAUCGUACUCGACUACUGCCCAGGAGGAGAGCUGUUCUUCCACCUCUCACAGCGUGGACACUUCACCGAGCCCGUUGCCGCCUUUUACUUGGCUGAAGUUCUGCUGGCGCUCGAGCAUCUUCACCAACACGACAUCAUCUACCGCGACCUGAAGCCCGAGAACAUUUUGCUGGACCAGCAAGGACACGUGCGACUUGCAGACUUCGGACUCUCGAAGCCUGGAAUCGACGACUGGACACUCGCGCUGACCUUCUGCGGAUCAAAAGACUACAUCGCGCCAGAAGUGCUCGCACUUGGUGAAAGACCAUCUUCAUCGUCGUCAUCGACUUCGUCUCCACCAGGACGAGGGUAUGGGAAGUCGGUCGAUUUCUGGGCGCUUGGGUGUAUGCUCUUCGAGAUGCUGACCGGUCAGCCACCGUUCUACAACGCCGUCAGCAGGACGCAGCUGUACUCGAUGAUCAUGGACGGCGCCGUCUCGUUCCCGCCCAACAUCAGUGACGAGGCGCGCAACCUCAUGGAGAGUCUGCUGCAGACGGAUCCACGGGAACGACUUGGAGCGCGCCGAGCUUCGGGCGGCGGCGCGACUGCCGUGAAGCAGCAUCCGUUCUUCGCGAAGCACCACAUCGACUGGACCAAACUGCUCAACCGAACUCUGCGCGCGCCACCACUUCGCCCUCGGUCCGGAGCAUUCGCCAACUUCGACUCCGAGUUCACCUCCAUGGCGCUUCGUGGCAUCGACAGCAUGGUCAAAUUCCCGGAGAAGAUCCCCAUGGACUACCAGCUCUUCGACAACUACAACUGGGAGCCACCUAAAUCCACCAAAUAG